AUGCGUGACAGGAAAUCACCGCACAGAUCCAACAAAAAAUUCCGCACGCGGCAGCAGAACGCAGCGAUUUUCCGGACGACUUCAGACGACAUCAUGACUGUUCUCACUAAUGAGGAGUUUCUCAGCCAGUUAGGGAAGAUGUAUAUGGAUUCAAGGCUAGGAGGCGCUAAGUCAGUCUAUGUGACCAUGAAACCCUAUGAUGGACGCACCAAGGCACUCCCAAAAGAUGCUGAUCCUCAGCCAGCAGAUGGUCACAAAUGUCUAUUUCGCGCUAAGCUUGCUAAAAAACGCAUCAGUACCGUGGUUACUUCGAAGGAAGUGAAUAAAUUCCAUUUGGCUUAUGUCUCAGUACUCCGCGCGAACAUGGACAACCUGGAAAGGCGAAAGAAAACAGACGCGGUGAAGACGAAAACGACACCGAAAAAGAGUAAUAAAGCAUAG